AUGCCUUUCCAUAAUAUACAAGAUCCUACCUUGGUAAGAGCUUUGAUUCAUCUCAAUGAAUUAAGGCAAGGCACUGCCCUUGAACCUAAUGGUAGGUUACUCGACCAGGCCGGUCUUAAACUUAGAUCAGAUUCUUCGCUCUAUCAGAAUGGAGAGCUUAUUCUCAACGAGUUUUCUCCCAUUAUCUUGGAUAUAGUCAGAUCCGACAGUACGACUCGUGAUGCAAAAAAUGCUUCCAUACAAAUGCUAGAUUCCAUUCUGGACCAUUUUACGUUUGAUCAAAUUCUGAGUAAGUUCAAUAUGAACCUUCUCAUCGAAGGAUUGAGCACGGAUAAGAGUGAGUUACGAAUUCUGAUUACCCAGAUUAUCUCUAAGGCUCGUCCUGCAGAUAUAGUAGCCAACACCUCGAUUGUGGUGACUCUUUUCCGCCUUUUGGCAAACGAAGACUCGUCCAUUGGAUUAGUUAACUCUAUACAGCAGUGCAUAUUGAUAUUAGCUGCCAACGGUGAGCUUGUCAGGCGUAGGAUCCUCUCGGAUGAGGUGACAAACGUUCUGCUACAGAUGAAACAGAACUCCAAAGUUGCUCCGAGACUUUAUGAUUUGAUCGUGGAGUUACUUCCGAUUAUCCCGGACAUUCCAGAGAGAUUGUAUCUCGUCACAUUUGAUCAGUUUGAGAAUGAUGAUGACCUGCUCUUAAACUCGUUAAUUAUAUCAUUUUACAGCAACAUUCUUCAGUCUGCUAUGGUGGACGCCCGAAUGAAACCUAUAGUUGAUAGUAUCAGCGAACAGAUUGAUUAUAUCACUCGCGUGUACAUAGAUAAGAGCUUCAAGACGGAGCUUCGAAGUUUCUUCAAUCUGGAGCCCGUUAUAUUUCUCUGUAAACUUUCCCAGAUAGCUCCUCAAAAAUUUGCUUCUAUGGACUCCAAAUACCAUAUUCUUGACUAUGCGAUUGACAGGUAUACUGGAAAGGAUGACGAUACUUCGAUUUAUCUACUUGCCAACGUUGAACCGAGAUUUUUGGAGACAAAAGAUUCAUUUCUACAAGGUUUUGAGCUAAAGGGGAAAACUACGCCCAUAUACAACAAUUUGAUCAAGGAUCAGCUACUUCUUGAGUCCAAACUUCCUGUUACAUCUUCUCAAAUUGCCCAAUUGGAGGUAUCUGAUUUUUUGGAAGUAAUACGGGCCCUCAGUUCUACGGAUUUUGGUAUUUACAAACUUGUUAAUACUUGGUCUUCGCUAAUAGUCAAGCUUUUGAGUAUCACUGACAUUACAAGUCCCGAUGUUUGGCAGGCCAAGCUCAGCAUCUUGGAUUCUCUGUAUCAGGCAAGAAGUUCGUUGGGUGUUUGGUCUCCCAAAAUUGUUGACGCAUUCAGCCUCAUGAAGAAUGGACGUGCGCUUACUUCUGAAGCCAGUGUCAUGGAUACUACUAUGUAA